UUUUACUGAUCGCUCGAUCACUAUUGAAAAAGCUAUCGAAGAUAGAUCGUGCCGUUUUUUUAAUGAGAGAAUCAAACUAAUGGCAAUGCACUGCACAUCAAAAUAUUGAUAAUGCAAUAUUGCAUUUUAAUAAACUGGUAUCCAAUAACUUUCGUAUUGCCUUGAAAUAUCUAUCUAUGAAAAUCGCUUCAAAUUCCGAAGCGCUCGAAUAUAUCUCAAAGUAGAAAGCCUAUAUGGAUUAUAUAACUUCCAAGGAUCUCAACGAUUCAAAUCGCUUUCGUCAAGAAGUGCCUGAAAUAGACGACAAACCACAGUCUCCUACUGCAAUGGAACCUUUUUCAACAGAAAGUAUCGAAUCUGUUCUAGAACCCUGUAUCAACCCUAACGCUGACCUGCCUGAGCAUAAUGUGAAUGUUCCAGCAACAGCAACUUUUUCUGAAAAAGCCUUGCCAGCUGAGGAGAGUAUUUCGAAAAUAUAUUCAAGUAAAAUGUGUGCAGAAAGUAAAUGUGUGUCUGAAGAAAAUUCAGUGAUUUCCUCUAUAAAUUGUUCUAAUGCAAACACCUUCCCUGGUGUAAUAGGAUCUGUUAAAACAGUUCCAAUUCUUUUAGAUUCUUCAGAAUCAAAAGAUAUGAUGAUUCCUCAAAGUUCUAUAUCCAGUACUAAACUUGAUCAGGUUGCUUUAGAAAAUAUAAAGAAAUCCGAUGGUAGUCCCAGCACACCAUGCAAACCAAUUUUUGAUUUGCCUUCUGUAACAUUGCAAUCAAAAAAUGACUAUGAUUUCCAAAAGACCAUGUAUCAAGCAAUGAAACCACCGAUUCGUACCGAUAUGAAUUGUGAUAAUACCUUGGGUGAAAUCUUAUCAAUCCUUGAUAACUGGGCAAGAAAAGGAUUGGAUAGAGCUUUCGAUAUUUCCAUGAAGACUAAUUUCGCAGAUAUCGGUUCUCGUUUUGAGAAAGAUUUCCAAUAUGGACUGAGUGUGAUGAAACAUAUGACCUCGCGUAUAUAUGUUUUGAUAAGGACAGCAAACAAAUUGCCGGAUCCUGACAUUAUCCUGGCCAGCGAAUUUCCACGUGGACGAAAUCGAGUUCGUGGUGAUCUCAUUGGUGCUGGCAUUGCGAUAUGGCACUCAGUCGAUAAUAUAGAAUUAUUGCUUAUAAAGGGUCUCAAAAAGGUGAAAGUAAUAUGCGAAAAUGUUUCAGGAUUUAGCACUGAAGACGUUAGCGAUAUGGAGGAAAUAGCAAAUCCAAAUAGUGUAAUUGCUCAUUUGUAUACUUCAGUGAUUAUUAAUUUGCUCAUGUUGCGGACAGAAAUCGAAGAAUUUCAUGAUAAGAUUCGGGCAUUUUGUUCAGAUUUAGAGAGGCUUCUGUGAACAUUGUAUACUACUAAUGCUACUGGAUCUCAAAAUAUUGGAAAUAAUAUACGAAAAUGUUUCAGAAUUGAACAUUAAGGACAUUAACGAUAUGGAGGAAAUAGUAAAUCCAAAUAGAAGAAUUGCUAAUUUCUAUACUUCAAUAAUUAGUAGUUUGCUCAUGUUGCGAACAGAAAUGGAGAAAUUUUGUGUCAAGAUUCGUGCAUUUUGCUCAGAUUUUGAGAAGCUUCUGUGAACACAUUUUUAAAUUCUUAUCUUAUUCUUUUAUCAGCAUUCAUUUUAUAGCUCAUUCUUUUUUUUGUAAAAUUUGCCAUUGGACGUCUUAUGCACUCAUAAUUGGCCUAAAAUAUUUGCAAACUGUAUUCUAUUACUGUGUCCAUUACUUUUGAAAUAAACAUAGUUUUAGUAUCCUAA